AUAUCUAAGACUCCAAAGUUGACAAAAAUUGGAAACCACUGCUAUUAAAAAUAUUUGACUUGAUGUGUUUUUUGUGUAAUGUAGCAUGACGAUUAAAUCUGCACAGAAACAAAAAAAAAUCUAGUAUUUAAGUAAUGCUUCCCAAGUUGUAAAGUGCAAAGUAUUCAACAUGAAAGUUUGUUAUUUAGUCGCGUGUCUACUCUGAACACUAAAGUGUAUUUACGUAAGCAGUUUGUUUAUUGCCCGUACACUCACAGCUCCUGGAAAAGAUGUUUGACAAGGGUUUACGUUUCUUUCUAAAGACUCUGUUGGUAAUAAUGUAUAAUGCGAUACACUCCGAAAGUCUCUUGUUCAACUUUAAGAAACUAUCAGGCAAUGAAAGUGUUGUGAUCAACUGCUGCUUAGUGGACCAAUUGGAGGAUGUACUGGUAGCCAACUGUUCCAACUUGAACUGGACUUUUGUGAACCUUCAAUGUGUGCCAGUGUCUACACAAGUGUUGUUACUGGACAGAAAUAAUCUGACUACCUUGACCAAUGGCUCUUUUCAAACACUGACCUCUCUAAGGCAACUUAGUAUUCAAUCUUCGAACAUUCAUCGGAUUGAGAUCGAUACCUUUCUAGGUCUCAGUCAACUACAAAACUUGAGCCUUGAAAAUAAUCAACUCAGAGAUGGAGUCACUUCUUUUAACCCGCAAGCAUUUAGACAUCUUACAAAUCUGAAACAACUACUCAUUGGAAAGAAUCAGAACCUCUCUAAAAACUUAAAAGAUGCUUUCGUUUAUUUACAGAACCUGUCUACCCUUUCAAUGGAUGGUUUUGAAAAAUUACAAAUAGGAAGAGAAUUCUCAUAUUUGACCCAACUGAACAACCUUACUUUGUAUUGCUCAAAAGUAACGAACGUAACAAACGAAAGUUUUAUAGGCUUGUGGAACUCUAGCUUAAAAACAUUAAGUUUAAUUGAUUUUGAUAACUUGCAAUUUGAUCCAGACGAUAUGGAUCAAGAUACGUCGCUUUUCAGUGAUGACGCAUUCCAGAAUUUAAACUCAUUAGAAGUCCUCAGAAUUAUUAACUGCAGAAUUGGAAAUGAAAACAUGGCCAGAAAAUUUAAACAUUUUAUUAACUCUUCAUUGCACACAUUAUACCUUGACACUACACAUUAUAUGAAAGAUUAUUAUAAUCCUAACUCAACGUAUGAAGAUGGGGUUAUAUUAAAUAAUACUGUUAAAUAUUUAAGGCAGUUAACUCUUUCUCAUUUCUCCUGGAUAGACAGCAAUAUUUUCGCCAUAGCACCUGGAGUUAUAUCCAGUCCACAAUGGAGACAAAACAUCAAAUCUAUUGAUUUCUCCAAAAACAAAUUGGGCUGGCUGGGAUGGAGGUUUCCUUUGUUAGAAGCGGCACGUCUGGAGAAAUUGGAAGAAGUUAUUAUUACAUUUCCAAACCCGGCAAAUGAAAUGUCAUAUCCUUAUCUAGAAGUUGAUAGUGGCAAGGAAAAUGAACAGCCCUCAUUAUCUGUACCAACAUAUCUGGAUUUCUACAACAUACGAUCUUUCACUGGGUCAAGGACAACAAAAACAAUGAGUAAAUUAAAGAGUCUAGAAACCAAUGUCAAAUCUAACAAUCUAACCUCAUCGUCAAAAGAUGAUGGAAUUUUACAAGCUCUGCCUUGGAGAAAUGAUUCGCUGAAUAUUGUACCCUUAAAAAACGAGGUGGCUUCUGGUUUUGAACCUAUUGCAAUAUUUCCAGUUACAUCCUAUGCCGCGCUUGGUUCUAUUAGUGAACGAAGUCUCUUUCGAAUUUUAGAUAAACCUUUUUAUCUGACGAAAUCUGCCAUUUGGACUUACAGAGUGCCUGCAUCGCUACGCACAAUUAAAGUUAUGUACACUCUCCAGGGAGAUAACCAAUACAGCAACCAAAGUAUACAAUUCAUCCAGGCAGCUAACCUUACACAUGUCUAUUUUGUUGGUAACAGUAUACUUCGAGGUACGGGUAGAAUUAAAGGACUGACAAACAUUCAGCUUUUUGAUGCUUCCAAAAACGCACUGAUAGUUUCCCCAUAUUUUUUCGACGAGUUUCCCACCUUGAGAUACCUAAUAUUGAGAUCCAUGAUGAACGAAGACUUCUUUCAACGUACAAGUAUCGACAGAAUCAUUCAGAACAUGCCAGAACUGAGAUAUUUAGAUCUUACAGACAAUAAACUCAAUUUUCUUCCUCCAAAUUUAUUUUCCAGAAACUCUCACAUUACUCAUGUGAUAUUGGCUAAAAAUAGAUUUUCCUCUUUUCCAAUCACGAUGGAUCUGGUUCCUAAUUUAAAAACUCUUGAUUUGUCUGGAAACGCUCUCAGCGAUCUAACAGAAGAGGAGAUGACAGCUCUGACGAAACACUCGGAAAAUGUUCCAGAUUUUUAUUUGGCUCUGGCUGAGAAUAAUAUUGUCUGUGUGUGUUCUCAGAUUAAAUUUAUGAUUUGGCUUAACAUUAGCGAUUUUCUGGAUAACAAGGGAAAUUAUUCGUGUACAUCUCAGGAAGGACAACUUAUUUCAACUGAAGUAUUGUUACAAGAUGUUUCAGGAUUUUACAUACAAUGUUUUGGCUACAAUUAUCUGUUGAUUUCCAUCGUUUUACUGCUCGUGAUGUCCUCCACCUUCCUUGUGGCCUACCUCGUGCACAGAUUUAGAACCGCCAUAGAAGCUUCUUUGGUUAGAAUCUUUAUCAAGGCUUUUCGACCAAUGAAAUCUAGCGACUACAAGACACACGUUUUCAUUGGCUACGCCGAUGAGGAUGUCGGCUUCGUGAGACAUAUUUUGUUAAGGUACUUGGAGGAAGAUCUCAAAGUCUCUACCUUUGUCCAUCACCGUGACCUGGCUCCAGGCUACUCUGACCAACAGAUGUUUGAAGCCAUGAGAGACAGUUGGAGGAUACUUUUAGUUAUAACACAGACAUUUUUAAAUAACUACGAUCUGUCGGAUAUUAUUAUGAAGUAUGCCAGUCAUUCUGUGAGCACAGCCAAUGAGAAACGUGUUGUCCUAUUGGUCCAACAAACUCAGUUGUACAACAUCCCAGGCUCCUUGUAUGAUGUCCUGGAAGACUCACGAAUCAUUGUCAUCUCUGAUCUGUCUGCUCACCUGGACUACGCACAGAGACAAGCAAUUAAACAAUGUCUUAGAGAUAUCCGAUAAACAUGAUAAUAGAAUCAGACUUAAAUAUGCUGGAUUUUUUAAUAAAUAAUACAAUUAAAAAAUAAUAAAAACUUUCAGGACAUACUGUCCAGA